CAGCUCUCAAAAUAAUUCUUUUUGCUAGAAACUUUCAGUCUUUUACUCUCUCCUAUUUGUUAUUGUUGUUUCACCCAUUGUUUAGAUAUACCGUGCGUGUUGCUAAUUCUGCUACCCUGGCGAUUUCGACUUGUUUUUAGUCAUUCAAGUGAAAUCGGGAAGGAAAUUGAUUGAAAUAACUGAUGUUUUGAACGAGAAAUAUUCAAAAUAUACAUAUUUGUUUGUGUUAUUUAAAUUUUUAUUUGGAGAUAUGUAAGGGAACAACCGUGUUAUAACUUAAAUGAAAAAUGUCAAAAAAUCCAUACCAAAAUAUUUUAACAUUCCAUAAUGUUUCCGCAAGUACAACUCGAAAUAGAAUGACAACACCAAAAUGUGGUUCAAGUCUAAAUUCAAACUAACAGUAUUAUUAUUUAUAACAAUUCUAAAAGAAAUAACUGGUGAAAGAGAAUGCCCACCACAAGAAGCCAUAUUGCCUUGCAGAUGCCUUGUCAGAGGCAAAGAAUAUCAAAUAUGGUGUUCUCACAGCAAUUUAGCCAGUGUUCUAGAAGGUCUAAAAUCUAUUGGAGAACACAUAACGACUCCAAUUGACGAAUUAAUCUUAGAAAAUAACUACUUACCUUCUCUACCAGGUCGUUCUUUUGCAUCCUUAAAAAUCCUGCGUCUCAUGUUGAGAUACAAUACUUUAGAAAGAGUGUCUAAUGAUUGGUUAGCUGGUCUGGAAACAAGCUUAAUGGAACUAUUUAUAGUAGAGCCUAAGCUUAACAGCCUACCACAGAUGUCCAUUGAGCCAUUAAAAAAUUUAAAAGCUGUAACUUUAAGAUCUAAAUUGUUAAAAAGAUUGCCCCUGUUUUCAGGCUUACCACUUCUAAGAUACGUACAAAUUGAAUCGUCUUCACUCAUUGAGAUAACUCCAUCUAAUUUUAAAGAUACUCCUUCUUUGGAAAAAAUUCAUAUUCAGUUCUGUCCUAGACUAAAUAGGCUCGAGGCUAAUCUAUUUGAAAACUUACCUAAAUUAGAUCUCAUAAACAUAACUCACUGUGGUCUAAACUGGAUACAUCCCAGGACAUUCAGUAGACUGCCUGCUUUAAAAGAACUUUCUUUAAUUGGAAAUAAAAUUACUGAUCCUGGUAUGAUUGGAAGAGCAAGUAGGGAGCUACCUGAGCUAGAAAUUCUCAGGCUCGAUUUUAAUUAUAUUGGAACGUUAAACGAGGCUACUUUUGUAGACAUGCCUGCUGUAAAGAAUAUUCAUUUAUCAAAUAAUGUUAUUGGUGAAAUAAGAAAGGGGGCGUUUCAUAGGUUAACUUCUCUAAAAACCUUAGAUUUAAGCAAAAACAUGUUAAGAAGAAUUCAAAGGCAAAGUUUUUUGCAACCUAUUUCUUUAGAGGAGCUCAAUUUGAAACACAAUGAUAUAACCGACGUGAUCCAAUUCAGAUCCGUUUUAGAAGAUUUGCCAAAACUGGUCUAUCUAGAUCUGAGCUACAAUAAAUUAGACUCAAUACCAUUUGGUUCAUUGAUAGGUCAUUCUACUUUGGAGCAAUUGAACUUAGGCUACAAUAGAUUGCAUCAUGUAGAUAAAGAAGCUUUUAUACUUAUGCCAGCUUUAAGGGAACUUACUUUAACGAAUAAUUCGGUCAUUGAUAAUAUAAGAGUACCUUUUUGGAAUCUACCAGCACUGAAAGGAUUAGAUAUAUCCAAGAACUACCUUAGAAGACUAGAACAUAGCUUUUUAGAUAAUAUAGGAAUGCUGAGAAAAGCCGAUUUAAGUUUAAAUCAUUUAAGCUUUAUAGACCCAGAAUCAUUUUUAGCAACACCACUUCUGGAACACAUCAAUAUAUCCUCGAAUAGUCUAAAAAUGCUACAUCCUGCUACAUUUAGACAUUUAACGCAAUUAUAUGAACUAGAUGUUAGUAGAAAUUACUUAAAAAAUCUUGUACCUGGUUUACCAGGUAAUAUUGAACAUCUACAUUUACGUCAAAAUGAGAUUACUAAAAUUUCUGCUGAAGAUUUACUUUUACCAUCUCUAAGGUUAUUAGAUUUAAGUCAAAAUAGAAUCCAAAGUCUGGAGGAGGGGCAUUUAAGAUCUCUCGGCCGGUUGAGAAAAUUGUAUUUGAAAUCUAACUUUCUACGACAUUUGGCAGAACGGUCCUUGGAUGGAUUGUUGCAAUUAGAAAUUUUGGACAUUAGUGACAAUCGUCUGUCCGAAAUAAAUCCCAUUUCGAUGAGGUCCAUAAGUGAAUUGAAGACGUUAAAUAUAGCCAACAACGAGCUAACCUUGAUAGGCCCAGCUUUGUUGAACAAUGCUAAAAAUUUACGGAAAUUUAACGCCAGUCAAAAUCAGUUAGCCGAAAUUUUACCCGGUACUUUCGAUGCUAAUCUUAGUAUUGAAGAAAUCGAUCUAUCCAAAAAUCUUUUGGUACAAUUUCCAGAAACUAUCUAUGGUUUGGCAAAACUAAAACGGCUUGAUUUAAGCCGAAACAGACUUAAAAGCCUCAACGCUACUAUCAUAUCUAGUCUAGUCAACUUAAGAGAAAUAAAACUAAGCAAAAAUUUUAUUCAAAUUUUAGAAGCCGACACUUUUAAUCAUUUAAAAUACCUUAAAACGAUAUUUUUAGAUGAUAACGAUAUAAUGCUAAUAGAAUCAAAUGCAAUAAAAAUGUUACCAGUGCUGAAAUUAAUAAAACUUGACAAAAAUAAGAUUGAGCAACUUCCAACUCACGCAUUUAAUACUCUAUUGUCACUUCAAAAUAUAGAGUUACAAGAAAAUAAUUUAAGAUAUAUGGAUACUCAGGCUUUUCAUCUGGUACCUCAGCUCUUAACUCUAAAUUUAAGCUACAACGAAAUAUUUAAAAUGGAAGACGUUGGUUUAAAAAAUCUAAGAUCCCUAGAACUCCUGGAUAUGAGUUUCAAUAAAAUUACAACAAUGAGUCCAAAUUUGGAUGACCUUGAGUGGCUGGUUGAGCUGAGAUUAAAGAACAAUUUCAUAUGCGAAGUAGAAGAAGGCGUUUUUGGAAAUAUGCCUAGGUUAAAAGUGUUGGAUUUGCGAAAUAACAAGUUGGUGAGUUUUCCUGAAGUUGCAGUAGAAAGACUGAGAGAAAAUACUGCUCAGUUAGAUGUUACAGGCAAUCCAUUAGAUUGUUCUUGUGACAUGUUAUGGCUCAAAUCUUGGCUCAGAGAAGCUUCACAAACUAGUCCAAGAUGUUCAGAUGGGACCCUUCUCAGAGAAAUGCCUUUAUCGCCCCGUGACUGUCCUACAGAAAGGCAAAGAGACAGAUCAUUUACAGGCUGUAAUACUGAACUUCUCAACGCACCAAAUUUUCAAAAUCCUCAACUGCUAUCAAAAUACGCCACUUUGAGAAACUUUAGUCUAAAUGGGAAAAACAAUGUAGCACCUAAUCCUCAAGAAUCUGAAUAUUUUUAUGAUGAUUAUAUUGAUUAUCCUUUUAAUGCCACCGUUGUGGAUCCCAGUGGAUAUUUAACGGAGAAAAUUAAGAAUAAGGACAAUUUUAAAAAUGCCGAGAAGAUUCCUAUUAUUACAAAACAAGCUGGAGGCAAUGCAACUGGUAACACUCCUGUACUAUAUGCGGCAUCAUCAAAGAAGCAAAAACCAGAUAUACCAGCGAAAGUAACACAUUCCCCAAGUACAAGUGGUUUCACUUUUUUCGGUAUUCCCCUUCCUCCUCUUAAUUUAAACAAUAUUUUUGGAAAAAAAGGCGACCAGCCUUCCGUGCAACAAGCUGAAAGAAAAACUGCCAUUAUGAAUAACCCCAGAAAGGACAAAAGACAGCCAACUCCGAAAGCGGGAGAAAGAAAACCUACACUACAGUUUCAAGUAGGAAGACUUCAACCUCCUCCUCCUCCAAUAGAUUUAGAAAGGGAAAGACUUCGGCCUCAUUCUAUGCCAGCGUUGGAAGGAGGUUUUAUGCCGAUUUUACCAGGAUAUGGUGGAUUUAAACCGAUUCCAGAUCCUAGUUUAUUGAUUACUAGUACAAUUUCUACGACUAUUGUUAACCAUAAACUGUCAGAAGAAAACAUACAGAUACCUUUUAAAGAAAAACCUCCCGAAGAACAAAUUGUACACCCAGCAACUGUUAUCCAAACAGAAAAUACUCUAGAUAAGAAGAAUUUUAAUUUAGAAUUGGUAUCAAACAAAAGCUCUCUGAGCAUUUCAGCUGACUCAACCUCUGUGAUUAACAAUAGGAAUAAGAAAAGUCAACUGGUAGAUGGCGGUGUUAAAAUUAAUGAAACAAAAUUGGAGAGCAUUGAAAAUAUUCAAUUUUUCAAUAAAAGCGAAUUGCAUCACGUAGAAGAAUAUCCAAUAAAAAAAUCGCCAGCUACAUUAGAAAAGAAGAUUUCAACACCCAAACCAAUAGUUCCAACCGAAGAAACUACCAAUUUUCCUGAACCAACGACUUCAACGACUACAACGACUUUACGACCAAAUAUAGAAGAAAACACUACAAAGAAAAAGGUGGUGCCCACUAGCCCAAUCUCUCAAUUGGAAUCCGAUGUUAAAGAACCCGAAUUGUCUGGAACGGAAACACAAAUUAAAGUUGCCGAAGAAAAACUGUCGACUACAACUGUUCAAUCAAAAAUUGUAACAGAAGAGACUAAAAUUGAAGCUAACAGUCUUCAAAAUUCUUCCGCAGGUUCUUUACUUUCCACCUUACUUGUUCCCGGCGGUAAUCAAGCAUACUUCAAGCCAACUGCAAAAUCAAAAAUAACAAGAGUAUCCUCCCCACACGGUGGCGGUUCUAGUGCAGCCGCUCCACAUGGUGCUGGUUCUAGUGCUCCGUUACUUUCAAGCUUAGAAGUAUCCGAUACCAUAGAUUAUCCUCCAAAUAUAGAAAAACUAUCUCUAGAGGAAGUUAUAAUGACUUCGACUGAGGAAAAUAAAAACGAUUGGUAUUUCCAGAAUUAUAAUAAGCAGAAUUUGGAACCAUUUGUAGCGAAAAUUAUCAACGAUAAUUCCGGAUACGGGAUUGUGGGAAAUAAAUUUGUGGUAGGGGUGUUGGGUAUUUUUGUUAUGGUGUAUGGUUAAUAGUUACCAAAUAUAUAACUGUAAGUUA